AUGAGGGCUGUUUGUAAGGGAGAGGAGUGUGGCUGGGUAGUAUAUGCUUCCAUGGACAGUGAGGGUAACUGCUGGCAGAUCAAGACAUUUAUGGAUGAUCACACUUGUCCUAGAGAGACUAAGAACAGGCUAGCUAAUAGGAAGUGGCUGGGUUGCAAACUGGUUAGGAAAUUAAGGAAAUAUCCCAACCUUAGACAUUGUGAAGCUGCCCAGUACUUUAAGAGCAAGUGCGACUUGGACCUCAACAAGUCUUCACUGACAAGGGCUCUAGGGGAUGCUAGGGCCAUAGUUUAUGGAGAUGCUGCUGCCCAGUAUGGUAUGGUUAGGGAUUACGGGUUGACAUUACUGAAAACUAAUCCUGGCUCCACUGUGAGUAUUGGUGUUACACCUCAUCCCAAUCCUGAUGAAGAUCCAACCUUUGAUAGGAUGUACAUUUGCCUUGAUGGGUGUAAAAGAGGGUUCAAGGCUGGCUGCAGACCACUUAUAGGGUUGGAUGGAACAUUUCUAAAAACAAAACAUGGUGGUCAAAUCCUCUCUGCAAUUGGUCAAGACGCAAACAAUCACAUUUAUGUGAUUGCUUAUGCAAUAGUGUCCAUUGAAAACACGGAGAAUUGGCGAUGGUUUCUGGAAUUGCUGCACCAAGACUUGGGUGACUACAAGCAACAUGGUUGGUGUUUUAUUUCAGACAUGCAAAAGGGUCUAAUUCAUGCAGUUCAGGAUGUGUUCCCAAAUGUCCAUCACAGAUUCUGUGUAUGGCAUUUAUGGAGGAACUUCAACAAACAGUGGAAGGAUAAUCAGCUUAGAGGUUUGCUUUGGGAGUGUGCACGGUCUACGACUCAAGAGGGAUUUGUGGAAGGGAUGAAAAAAUUGGAAAGGCUAAAUAAGGAUGCUUGGAGUUAUCUAUGCAAAUGGCCAAAGAAUUCAUGGAGCAGGGCAUUCUUCAGCAUUGCACCAAAAAUGGACAAUAUCUGCAAUAAUGCAUGUGAGGUUUUCAACUCACGGAUCAAGGACCCUAGAGCCAAGCCUAUUAUCACACUGUUGGAGGAGGUCAGGAUGUACAUCAUGAGAUCUAUAGCCAGGAACAAGGUGAAGUUGAGGAACAAUGACGGGAUUUUACCUCCAAUACAGAGAAGUAGGUUGGAAAAGAUAAGAAAGGAAUCAAAAAAAUGGGUUCCCAUGUGGUCUGGUGAUGCAGAUUACGAAAUAUUUGAAGUUCAUGGGUGGCCUACAAAUAUGGCUGUGGACUUAGGCAAGAGAUCAUGCACCUGUGGUUUUUGGCAACUAAGUGGGAUGCCAUGUGUGCAUGCAUGUGCCGCUUUGGCCCGGGCUGGUAGAAGGCCAGAUGAAUUCUGUCAUAGCUGGUUGACCAUGGAAGCAUACAACAACACCUAUGGCUUCCAUAUAAAUCCAAUUCCUGGCCAGGCACUGUGGGAGAAAUCACCUUAUAAUAUACCUCAAGCACCAAAGUUCAAGAAGAAGCCAGGGCCAAUCAAGAAGAAAAGAAGAAAGGAUGCUGAUGAGGAGCCAAGUAAAGGCAAGAAGCAGAAGACCUCAAUGAAAAGAGUUCAUAAAAAAGGACAUUGUCGCUAUUGUGGUGAAUCUGGUCACACAAAGAGGAACUGUCAUAAGAGGGCCGUUGAUGAAGAAUCAGCUGCUGUGGCGGCGGCUGCUGUUGCUGCUAAUUCUGAUGCUAAUGGAGGUGAGGUCAAUAAUUCUGCUCUAACUGCUGCUGUAAAUGGUGGUGAUGCCCCAGUUGUGUCACAGGAUCAAGUUGAGAUUCAGCUUGAUCUUAGUUAG